AAUAAUGCCAAUACAACAAUUGUCAAACAGGUGAAAAUGGACGUGAGGGGCUGGCAGUUUGUUUAUGUAAAAUGUUGCAACAAAAACACUAAUAAUACAGUUAAUUAAAAUGGAAAACGAAGUAAAUGUUGUGGAGAGUCUCGAGAAUGUUGGUAUGGACGUUGAAGAACGAAUGAUGAAACGAUGUAGACUACCUAGAAGACAAGUAGUGCAAUCAAAGAGGUUCUGUGCCAAAGAUGAGAGAAACGCAUCACUGAAAAAGGUUUCUGUUAUCCUCCAGAAAUCGGAGACUGAUCGAACUUUUGAAGAAGCUCAGGUAUUAAAUGAAUGCUCUGAAGUAGUCGAAGAGGUCCAGAUGCGGUGGCGUAAGCGAGACGUAGCCAAACGAAGAUUAGAGGAAUUUGAGGAACCUCCAGAAGUGUUGAAAGAAAAAUGUCUAAUCCUUGCACAAGCUAUAGCACAGGCACAACAUCUGGUAGUUUACACUGGAGCUGGAAUCAGUACUGCAGCUAAAAUUCCAGAUUAUAGAGGUCCUAAUGGGAUUUGGACAAGGCUUCAGCAAGGAAAAGACAUUGGGGCUCAUGACCUCUCAAUGGCUGAACCAACAUACACGCACAUGGCUUUGUCCGAAUUAUACCGCAACAAAAUACUCAAAUAUGUAGUAUCACAGAAUUGUGACGGGUUGCAUUUGCGUUCAGGUUUGCCACGGACUGCUUUGUCAGAGUUGCACGGAAAUAUGUACAUUGAAGUGUGCAAAACUUGCAAGCCUCAUAAAGAGUACUGGCGGUUGUUUGAUGUAACGGAAAACACCGCGCGAUACUCGCACAAGACAUCACGCAGGUGCUACGUGUGCAACGAGCCUUUGGUCGAUACAAUCGUUCACUUUGGGGAAAGGGGGAGCCUGCAGUGGCCGCUAAAUUGGGCCGGUGCUUGCAAAAACGCGGAGAAGGCCACAACGAUCGUUUGUUUGGGGUCGAGCCUCAAAGUUUUGAAAAAAUAUCCUUGGUUAUGGCGCAUGGAUAAGCCGGCGAAAAAGCGGCCAAAUUUGUACAUUGUCAACUUGCAGUGGACCCCGAAAGACGACGUUGCCAACGUCAAGAUCCACGGGAAGUGUGACCAGGUGAUGGAGGCCGUAAUGAAUUUGCUCGACAUCAAAGUGCCCCCAUACGACAAAAGCAAGGACCCCAUUUUUGCCCACGGAACGUUGCUGUGCGAUGCUGAGCUGCAUACGACCUCUCAGCCAUUGCUCAAGCUGGAAGAUGAGAAAAAGGAGUUUCCAGUACAAAAAAACGGUAUAAAAGACUGUUCCACAAAUCGUGAUAAUGAUCUCAGUUCGACAAAUUCAAUAAAAUCAGAGUUCUGUGAUACUAGUAGCAAUAGUGAUACAUCACCAAGUCAUUCUGAAUCUACGCUAAAUUGUCUUCCUGCAAGAGAAACCGCGUUUUCAAUCGACGACAUCCUUAGCGAUCGUGUUCACGAAACUUCAGCAUUACCUCGUCGAGAGACACCAAGUCCGUUAGAUACUAGUUUUUUAUUGUCGAAUUACUCGCUUCUCAGUUACAAUCACUUCGCCACUAAUUUAUUACAAUGUCAGAUAUUAGGCUCAUAUUCCGAUUUUAUUUAUUACCCUCAUCAAACCAGUUUCUUGUACCCCGGUCUUCAUAGCAUUAUUAACCCAGUCUCAGAUUUUCCUAUACCGGAAGUCAAAAACGAAAAGACCAGUCCGAAAAUCGAACCGUCAUGUGAAUUUUGUGAUAGAAAUUACGAUUCAACAAGUUGUUUGUUUUACCCGAAAAUCGAAGCUCUGUUUAGCAAUCCUCUAUUUAGGUUUAGUAAGACUGAACAAAAGGAGAAACCGAAUGUUUGUCUAUGUUGUGAUUACACAACUGACGAAGAAGACAUUGAUGAAAACAAGGAGCAAAUCAAAAAUAAAAUUCAAGCGGGGUGGUUCGGAAAAGGCUGCCGAAAAAACAGACGAUGGAGGAAAAAAUAGUUUUAAUUCGUCAGUAUUAAUGUGAAUUUUGUAUUAUUUUUUUACUUUUUAUUUAUUUAUUUACUGAGUGUUUAUUUAUAAAUAAAAACUUGGGUAUAACUACAAAAA